AGUAGGUACCGGUACCUAAUCAUUUUUCACUUAGAAAUAUUACAAAUGCAGCUUAGACAUGAAAAACUCGGAAAUAUUUAAUGAAUUAUAUUUAUAUCUUCACAAUUAAGUAAUCACACUUGUUAACGAUUUGCAUUGUAAAUUUUUUUUAUAAUGCAUAAUUUUAUUGACCCCUGUAAGUAUUUAGCAUUUAAGUAUAAGUAUUAAAAGAAUUAUAUCAUGUUGCAUAAUUGUAUGAGCGAAGCAUUGAUAUUUCAUUUCUAUUGCGAGGCAGUUAACAAAAAUGUUGUGGUUCCUUAUUUUUUGUUUUCUUUUAUUUCUAUACAUUUUUAUUAAGAUAAAGUGGUAUCCUGGUAAUGUUGCCGUAUAUCCAGGGAGAUGGCCAAUAUUAGGUCACUUAAAUCUAUUAUCUGGAAGUCGUCAAGUAAGAUGGGAAAAAAUAAAGAGCGUAACUCGAUACACGAUAGCGAACGGUGACGUGUCUGUGUUUUAUAUGGGAAUGUUCCCUUUAUAUGUUAUUACCGAUCCAGACGAUUGUAACACUGUGCUCAGUACAUGCAUGCACAAGCCGGGUUUCAUGAAAAGAGUUACGAAUCAUUUGCUUGGCGAUGGCCUACUUUUUGGACCAGUAUCUGUAUGGAAGGAGCACAGGAAAAUCGUGAAUCCAACUUUUAACCAGUUUGUUUUGGACAGCUUUAUGGGUAUUUUUAACGAUCAAAGUCGUCGUUUGGUCCAGGAGUGGAAGGAGCGGGUCGACUGUGGCCCCUUCGAUCAGCUAAACAGCUUAGAAAAAAAUACCCUGGAAACCAUUUGUUGGACAACGGCAGGCGUCGAUAUCACAGGUGAAAGUGCCUUCAACGAGGACUGCUUAAAAGCGUUCCGUGGUGCGAUAACCAACAUUUGUGAUCGGGUAAAACAGCCAUGGUUGCUGAGUGACACGUUGUAUGACAAAUCAAAUUUAAAGAGAAACGAAGACUACCACGUCGGGAUUACACACGAAUUGACUGAUAUGGUUUUAAGAAAAAGAAGAGAAGAGCCUAGCAAGUACAGUUUUAAAUCAGAUACCAAGUUUAAACCAUUCCUGCACCGUCUACUAGACUUCGACAAUGUGCUUCUAAAGGAAAAAGAUAUCAAGGAUGAAAUGAACAAUAUUAUUCUAACAGGCUUUGAGACUAGUUCGUCAAUAUUGACCUACACUCUAGUAUUGCUAGGCACUUAUCCUGAAAUUCAAGAAAAAUGUUACCAGGAGAUCAAAGAAAUUUUCGACGAAGACAGGGAUGUGUUAAAAGAAGAUCUAUCUCGACUAACGUACGUCGAAGCAGUGUUGAAAGAAACAAUCCGAUUUUGCACUGUUGCACCAUUAACUGCACGCAUUAUAGCUAAAGAUGUACAACUUAAAAAUACAGUUCUUCGAAAGGACCACAUUUGUAUAAUAUCGUUAUAUGGAGUACUUCACCACCCCAAGUGGGGUCCAGAUGUUGAAGAGUAUCAUCCUGAGAGAUGGCUAGAUCCCGCUCGGCUUCCGAAUAAUCCUAAUUUCUUUGGUGCUUUUGGAUACGGGAGACGAAAUUGUAUCGGUAAAGCAUACGGAUUUAUGACCAUGAAAGUAACCCUCGCACAUCUUCUACGUCAUUUUAAAGUAUCUGGAAAUUACAAUAAGAUGGAAAUUAUAAACAUAGGAAUUAAUAAGCCAGGCCAUGGUCAUGAAAUAGAAAUAGAACUUAGAAAUAAAUAAUAGUUUACUUA